GUCCAGUGGUCAGUGAGGGCAAGGACAAGUGUGGAGGCAUGAGCUCUUUGUGUGCUGUUUCUCUGUGAUCGUCGUUCUCUUGUGCAAAGAUGCUGAUUCACAGCAGCCCGCAUGCGGCAUGGCUGCAAAACAUAGCAGAAUUAUAGGAGGUCAAGAUGCACCCCCAGGAAGUUGGCCCUGGCAGGCAGCUUUAUCCAUUUUUGGCAGUUUUUCCUGUGGAGGGUCCCUCAUCACCGACCAGUGGGUGUUGACGGCCGCUCACUGCAUUUCAUUACUUGAACUCUCCUUCACAAAGGUCCAUCUGGGUCGCCACAGCCAGUCAGGUUUAAACCCAAAUGAGGUGACACAGACACUUGAAAACAUUGUUUGCCAUCCCAAGUACAACCCUUUAACAAUUGAGAACGACAUAUGCCUCCUGAAGCUGUCGGCUCCAGUGAAUUUCACAGACUACAUUCAACCCAUCUGUUUAGCCUCUGAAAACAGCACUUUCUACAGUGGGACCAGCAGCUGGGUCACUGGUUUUGGUAGUACGGCAAGUGAUGGUUCACUUUCCAACAUCCUGCAGGAGGUGAAUGUACCAAUAGUGGGAAGCAACGAGUGCAAAUGCUACUAUCAAGACUUCAGUGAGAUCACAGAGAACAUGAUCUGUGCUGGGUUAAAAGCUGGAGGGAAGGAUUCAUGUCAGGGAGACUCCGGGGGACCACUUAUGACAAAGAAAGAAUCAGUCUGGGUCCAAAGUGGAGUUGUGAGCUUUGGUUAUGGCUGUGCUGAGCCUAUGAGACCUGGGAUCUACACUCGUGUGUCCCAGUACCAGAAAUGGAUCAGCGACACCAUCACCGGCAAAUCACCAGGCUUUGUUACCUUCACCUCGCCAGGCACUGAUAGUGAUUUAGACUUCACUUGUCCGAUAGAUGACAGUGUGUUUGACAGUGGUGAAAACCUGAUCCACUUCACUCACUUCACCUCUCUCUGUGUUCUUGUUGUGUUGCUCCAAGUGUUUGUUGGAAGUGAUGGAAUUUAACUCAUCACAUUUACUCAAGUUCAGCAUUGAAGCUUGAAAUAAUUUUUCUUUAUGAAACUUUAUAACCUAGAGGUGAAGGCUACACUUUUUAUUCCAAUAGAUUUAUGGGGGAGCUUCAGUUUCAACUUACCCAAUUUAGGAUUUGAGUAUUUGAGAAUACACAAUCUAAAAUGUUUAUAAAUGAA